AUGUUGCGAAGCUGUGGUUUUGUUGCGGCGAGCGCCGCGAGAGCGUUCUCUCGGCACGUUAACGCGGCGAGUAGUGUACCACAGCGUGUAUCGCUGGCCGAAUCCGACCACCUGCUGUCCGUAGACUGGAAGGAUGGCCACAGCAGCGCCUACCCUCUCGUCUGGCUGCUCGACAACUGCCCGUCGAGGAUCAACAGCGGUAACGGGCAGCGCGUCGGGCGUCUGACGAGACGCGAGCUGCGUCUGAGAGCUGCCUCCGUCUCCCUCGAGAAGGGCCGUCUCGUCGUGCGCUGGGAGAACGGAGAGCUGAGCGUCUUCCCCGUCGAUUGGCUGCGUCGGCACUGCUUUUCGCCGACGUCGCGGCACGCGUUCGUCAGCGACCACGCCGACGACGCGAAGCUGUGGGACGCCGACAGAAUCCGACGCGAGCUGUUCACGUGCGCGUUUGCCGACGUCAUCGCCGACGACGCCGUGCUCUUCCGACUGCUGUUCAAUCUGGACAACGUCGGCAUUUGCUUGAUCAAGGAAGCGCCGAAAACAGAGGGACAGCUCGCUAGACUUUGCGCGCGAGUUGGCUUCGUACGUGAGACUCACUAUGGUACCUACUUUACGGUCAAGUCGAAGGAAAAUCCUAACAAUAACGCCUACACAAGUUCAGCCCUCGACCUUCACGUUGAUUUACCGCAGAUAACUCGUACACCUGACUUUCAGUUUCUGCACUGCAUCACCCAGGCGGGCGAGGGCGGGGAGAACUGCUUCGUUGAUGGAUUCAGGGUUGCACAGGUACUGAGGGACAAGUACCCAGACGAUUACUACCUGUUGACAACGACGAAGCUACAGUAUACCGAUCGAGGAUGCGAGCCCGAUACGGGACUGUUGUUUCACAACACGACUAUGCGAUGCCCCAUAGAAUUGGCGAGCAACGGCGACGUGAAGAGAGUGUACAUCAACAACCACACACGAUCAUCGUUCAUCGACGCCGACCCUAAGAAAAUCUUAAGAGUGUACGAAGCGUGGACAAGAUUCUACGACCUGUCUUACGAAGCAAGACACUUGUUCAGGAUCAAGCUAACGAGUGGAGACGUGAUAUGCUUUAAGAAUUCGCGUGUGCUUCACGGACGAGAGGCCUUCACAGGACGCAGCGCAAUAGAGAGACACCUUCAAGGAUGCUACAUGGACGAAGACGUCGUACGAUCGAAGCUGUUGUCAAUCAGAGAUGCUGUUUCCAACAAACAGCAGGUCGACAACCAAGCAGCCGCGUAGGCUUGAACG